AUGUCAAAAGAAGAGGCCAAGGCGAUCCCCGUGAGGGUGGCUGUCAGGUGCCGCCCUCUUGUUCCCAAGGAAACGGAAGAGGGCUGCCAGAUGUGCCUGUCGUUUGUCCCCGGAGAGCCUCAGGUCAUUUUGGGUAACGACAAACCUUUUACCUACGACUAUGUUUUUGAUCCGUUUACCGAACAAGAGGAAGUGUUCAAUACUUGCAUUGCGCCCCUGGUGAAAGGCGUUUUUAAAGGGUACAACUCUACAGUUCUGGCUUACGGGCAGACGGGGUCCGGGAAGACCUAUUCUAUGGGAGGGGCCUACACGGCUGACCAAGGGAACGAUCCCACGGUUGGCGUCAUCCCCCGGGUGAUCAACCUGCUCUUUCAAGAAAUGGAAGAGAGGACGGAGUGGAAGUUCUCCCUGAAAGUCUCCUAUUUAGAGAUCUACAAUGAAGACAUCUUGGACCUCUUGGCCCCAUCUAGAGAACGUUCUUCUCAAAUCAGCAUCCGUGAAGACCCCAAGGGAGGCAUAAAGAUUGUGGGACUGACAGAACACGUGGUGACUUGCGCUCCAGAGAUGAUCAUCUGCUUGGAGCAGGGGAACAAUUCCCGGACGGUGGCUGCCACAGCGAUGAACACACAGUCAUCUCGAUCCCACGCAAUCUUCACCAUUUCUGUUGAACAGAGAAGCAAGAAGGACACGAAUGCCAGCCUCCAUUCCAAGCUGCACCUUGUGGAUCUGGCUGGCUCAGAGCGACAAAAGAAGACCAAAGCAGAAGGAGAUCGGCUGAGGGAAGGGAUCAACAUUAACAAAGGCCUCCUCUGCCUGGGAAACGUCAUCAGUGCUCUUGGGGACGAAACCAAGCGAGGCAACCAUGUCCCUUAUAGGGACUCGAAGCUCACGCGCCUCUUGCAAGAUUCCCUGGGAGGCAACAGCCACACUCUGAUGAUCGCCUGCGUCAGCCCAGCGGAUUCCAACCUGGAAGAGACCCUGAACACCCUUCGCUACGCCGACCGGGCGAGGAAAAUAAAGAAUAAGCCCGUAGUGAACGUGGACCCCCAGGCAGCAGAGAUCAACCAGUUAAGGCUGCAGGUUCAACAGCUUCAGGUCUUACUGUUCCAGGCUCACGGUGGGACACUUCCAGUGUCUAUUGGCGGGGAGCCGUCGGAAAACUUGCAGUCCCUGAUGGAGAGGAACCAGGCCCUGGCGGAGGAGAAUGAGAAGUUGAGCCGGGGCUUGAGUGAGGCCGCCGGCCAGAUCGCCCAGAUGCUCGAGAGGAUCAUUAUGACGGAGCAGCAGAACGAGAAGAUCAAUGCUAAGCUGGAGGAGCUCCAGCAGCACGAGGCGUUGAAACUGGAUCUGCAGAAGCUGCGCGAGGUUCUGGAGGACGACGAGCUAAAGCAGCACGUGGAGCUGGUCUGCAGCCUGCAGCAAGCGAUUGCCCGGUUGCAGAGCGAAAGUCCUCCCGGCGAUGCCGAAAUGGACACGUCCGAACAGGACUCCGGGGCUCUUGCGGAAGCCAGCCUGGGCGACCAGAGCGCGUCAGAGGAAUACACCACCCGGCACGCUCUCCACCAGGCCCAGAUGUCCAAGGAGCUGCUGGAGCUCAACAAAGCCCUGGCUCUGAAGGAAGCCCUGGCGAGGAAGAUGACUCAGAACGACAGCCAGCUGGAGCCCAUUCAGUGCCAAUACCAGACUAAUAUCAAAGACUUGGAGGUGGAAGUUGCGAAGCUGCAGAAGGAGAAAGAAGAGCUGGUGGUGACGCUCCAGGCGACGAAAAAGGACGUCAGCCAAGCUAAACUCAGCGAGCGCCGUAGGAAACGCCUUCAGGAGCUGGAAGGGGAGAUGACGGACCUGAAGAAGAAACUGAAGGAGCAGUCGAAGCUCCUGAAGAUGAAAGAGACGAGCGAGCAGACAGUCUCCAAACUGAACCAGGAGAUCCGGGCGAUGAAAAACCAGCGUGUUCAGCUCAUACGUCAAAUGAAAGAAGAUGCAGAGAAAUUUAGGCAGUGGAAGCUGCAGAAAGACAAGGAAGUGAUCCAGCUGAAAGAGCGGGACCGCAAGAGGCAGUACGAACUUGUCAAACUGGAGCAAGACUUCCAGAAGCAAGCCAGUGUCCUCCGGCGAAAAGCUGAGGAGGCAGCUGCUGCCAACCGACGCUUGAAAGAUGCCCUUCAGAAGCAGCGGGAAGUUGCCGACAAGCGGAAAGAGACCGUGAACCGUGGGAUCGACGGCAUCGCUAACCGGGUGAAGAGCUGGCUCGUGAACGAAGUCGAGGUCCUCGUUCGCAUCGAAGAGGCUCGGAACCACCUCAAUGACCUUCUGGAGGACAGGAAAACGCUGGCCCAGGAGAUCGCGCAGCUGAAAGAGAAGCGGGACGCUGGAGAGAUCCUUCCCUUGAAAUACAAGAGGCGCACCUUCUCUCACAGAGCUAUGGAAAUCAACCAUUCCAUCACGAAGCAGAUCGAGAGCCUCGAAACGGAGAUGGAGCUCAGGAGUGCCCAGAUUGCAGACCUGCAGCAGAAGCUGCUGGAGGCGGACAGCCGAGACAACAAAAAGCAGCGCUGGGAAAGCAUCACCACCAUUCCGGAAGCCAAGUGUGCCAUCAAGUACCUGAUGGGUGAACUGGUCUCCUCCAAAGUGGAGGACGGGAAACUGGACAGUCGCCUUCAGCAGAGCAAAGCUACCUGUUCCGACAUCCACAAGAUGCUCCUCGACGAGCGGAAGGCCGCGGCUCAGACGGAGGCGGAGCACGAGAGCCAGAUGGUCCAGAUGGAGCAGCAGCAGCAUCAGGAGAAGGUUCUCUAUUUGCUGAGCCAGAUACAGCAGCACAGAGAAGAAGCCGAGAAGAGGCUUUCGGAGAGGGAGCAGCAGCUGCUCGAAUGCCUCAACUUCCAGGAUGAGGAGCUGGCAAAAAUGAGGGAGGUCUUCGAGAAGAACCAGGAGCUGUGCGAAGAGCUGGAAGCCGUCAGGCAGAAACUGAGAAUUCUUGAAGCGGCCAGCAGCCAGAAAAUCUGCAGUGUUCCGCCAGCUGUUGCAGACGCAGAGUCUCCUUUUGAUUACAUUCCACCCAAGCCCAAGCCUCGCAGGCAGACCACGGCCAGGCAGACCACGGCCAGGCCCCUAUCUGAGCCAACAUCAGAAGAGUCGGAGGAGUCGGGAGGGGAAGUGCAAGAUGCCGAGUGGUUGCCGGCGAAAAUGGCCAGAGGAAUCAAGAAGAACUUUUUGGGGUGCAACUGCAAAAGCCGCUGUGGCAACAGGCUGUGCGGCUGCCGGAAGCAGAAGGUGGAGUGUUCGGAGGACUGCCGCUGCGAGUCCGAGAAGUGCCGCAACCGGACCCGCAGCGUCUUGGAGGGGAUGUUCACGGAAGACUCCUCGAGGGACUCUAAGACCUUCAGUCUGGAAGACCCCACUCUGGUGUCCGGAGGGGACACUUUCUUUGACCCGCCGGCUGUCACGCCCACCAAGCAGGUCUUAAAGCCGGUCAACAGCCAAGAGUCCUUGGCCUGGGAGCAGAGCGACAUGACCGCCUCCUUCGCUCUGGGGGACCUGGACACCGAGAACCAGCUGCCGGCCGUGAAGAAGAGGAGGAAGCGGGUCCUGAGCAGCGCCAGCAGCUUCUUUGCCAGCUGCACCCCCAUCAAGGAGGACUUUGUGGAGGGCUAACAGG